CGAAGAUCUAUAAAAUUCCACGACACAGUUGAAGCUUCGGUUUUUGAUUUAGAUUCAGAUCGAAAAAAAAAAAGCAAAAAAUCGAAUCAUCAUCAGAGCUAGGGUUCUUGGAUUGAUGAUGAUGGGGCGUUUCGCGCUUCUUCUCCUCUUAGCGUUCGCGUCGCUGCAGCUCCUCUGCUCCGCCGCCGAUGAUGAUGCGGUUUUUUAUGAUUCAUUUGAAGAGUCAUUCGAUGGGCGAUGGAUCGUCUCUGAUAAAGAUGAUUACAAAGGUGUAUGGAAGCAUUCAAAGAGCGAAGGACAUGAUGAUUAUGGGCUUCUUGUGAGUGAGAAGGCACGGAAGUAUGCAAUAGUGAAUGAGCUUGAUGAGCCUGUGAGUCUCAAGGAUGGAACCACUGUGCUUCAGUUUGAGACUCGUCUCCAGAAUGGACUCGAAUGUGGUGGUGCAUAUCUGAAAUACCUUCGUCCUCAAGAAGCUGGAUGGAAGCCUAAGGAAUUUGACAAUGGAUCCCCUUACUCUAUCAUGUUUGGACCUGACAAAUGUGGGGCAACAAACAAGGUGCACUUCAUCCUGAAGCAUAAGAAUCCUAAAAGUGGGGAAUACGUUGAACACCAUCUUAAAUAUCCACCCUCUGUCCCAUCUGACAAGCUCACUCAUGUGUACACUGCCAUCUUGAAGCCUGACAAUGAGGUUAGAAUUCUCAUUGAUGGAGAGGAGAAGAAGAAGGGCAAAUUCCUCUCAGCUGAUGAUUUUGAGCCCCCACUUAUCCCUGCUAAGACAAUUCCUGACCCAGAUGAUAAGAAACCUGAGGAUUGGGAUGAGAGAGCCAAAAUUCCUGAUCCAAGUGCUGUGAAGCCAGAGGAUUGGGACGAGGAUGCACCCUUGGAAAUCGAAGAUGAGGAGGCUGUGAAACCGGAAGGAUGGUUAGACGAUGAGCCUGAGGAGAUAGAUGAUCCUGAGGCUACCAAGCCAGAAGAUUGGGAUGAUGAAGAGGAUGGUGAGUGGGAAGCCCCCAAAAUUGAAAACCCAAAGUGUGAGACAGCCCCAGGUUGUGGUGAAUGGAAGAGGCCAAUGAAGAGGAAUCCAGUUUACAAGGGAAAGUGGUCUCCCCCACUAAUUGACAACCCCAAUUACAAGGGUAUUUGGAAGCCUCAGGAGAUUCCAAACCCCAACUACUUUGAGCUUGACAAGCCUAACUUUGAGCCUAUUGCUGCUAUUGGUAUUGAGAUUUGGACAAUGCAAGAUGGUAUAUUGUUCGACAAUAUUUUGAUAGCCAAAAACGAGAAGGUUGCUGAGUCAUAUCAGGAGACCACAUGGAAGCCAAAGUUUGCGGUUGAGAAGGAAAAACAGAAGGUUGAGGAUGAAGCUGCUGGUUCUGACGGGCUUGCAGGCUUCCAGAAGAAGGUUUUCGAUGUCCUGUACAAGGUUGCUGAUGUUCCUUUCUUAAGCAAAUAUAAGCUUCAAAUUCUUGAUCUCAUUGAGAAGGCUGAGACACAACCAAACCUCACCAUUGGUGUCCUAGUCUCUAUUGUGGUGAUUAUACUCACCGUUUUCUUCAAGCUCAUAUUCGGUGGGAAGAAGCAACCAAGAGAAGAGAAGAAAACAGAUGCCACCGAGACAUCAAAUGAUCAAGGAAGCAGUGGAGAAAAGGCUGAAGAGGAAGAGGAAGAGGAAGAGGAAGAGAAAGAAGAAACUGCAGCUGCUCCUCGCCGAAGAAGGCGUGACACUUAAAAAAAAGUCAUAAAAAAGAGUGUGGCUGGUGAUUAUCAAUACCACAAUGGGCAAAUUUUUUCCCUCUAGGUAUUUUUCGUAGCUGAAACAUACUUAGUACUUGGUGAUUUUUUAGUUGUACUUUUGCAUGAAUGGAAGAGUGUAAAUGAGACAGUUCUUUUCUGCCUCAAAGCAAAAGCCAAUUAGACAGUUCGAGGAUUUGAAGUUUAUAUUAUAUGAUAAAGCAUGGUUAUCACUUUUAACUUCAUGA